UAUACAAAGUAUAAAGAAUCCGUUUAGGAGCAUACGCCGGAAAACAAACCUCAUUCCUUCCUUCCUUCUAUACAAAAUAUAAACUAUAUUCACAAAGUUCGCUUAAGAAGUUUUACAAAAAUCAAGAAUAAAUUUCUUUUUUCGGAGAACUGUUCUUCCUCUGUUUUGUAAAACCGAAAAAUAACCGAAGAUUUUUUUUUUUCACUCUUGCAAUGAUUAUCAAUUGUUAUUAAUAAUCCUAAAUCUUGUAGAUUUCUCAAAUCUCACAUUCUGAAAUUAUUAAUACUAAACUGAUUAAUUGUUGAGAAUUCCUAAUUUUUUUUUAAUAAAAAAGGACUAUAGUUCUUAUAAACAAUUAUUUAGUGGAAUAGUCAUAAAACACCCUUCGUGAUUUAAUGAAUGAUAAAAGUUUUUGUUUUUGUUCUUUCUAUUACUAUCUUACAUUAAAUGAAUUAAAAAGUAAGGGUCAAAAAUGGAUAUUUUCAUCACACCUUUUGACAAGGUUUUAAUGUGUUAUCUUAGCCAUUCUAAUCCUGAACCAUCUAUUGUGCUGAAUAUGCUACAUUCUGGUGCUAAUGUUAAUUGCAGGGAUAUGCUUAUAAAUAGUCCACUGCAUUAUGUACUUAAGUAUUGUUCUGACAAAUUCAGUAUAGUACAAAUGUUAUUAGAAUAUGGAGCUAAUCCAAACAUUAUCAAUACAGACAGAAAUUCAGUUUUACACCUAGCAAUAAAAUAUUGUGAAGAUUCUGAAAUUAAAGUUAUCCAAGAACUUCUAAAUUAUGGAGCCAGUGUUCAUGUUAGAGAUAAAUUAGAUAAUUCCCCUUUGCAUUUGGCUGUAAAUUCUCACAAAGAAGCAAUGGUUAAACUUUUGCUCCAAACCAAUUCUGAUAUUAACUUAAGGAACUGGAGUGGGGAAACUCCUCUUGUAUGCGCUGUUAAAAAAGAUUUUGUGUGUGCUGUUAAAGAACUUCUAUUGCAUGGAGCUGUAGUUUCAAUAUCGACAGAUAAUGGUUCAACCCCUUUGCAUGUUGCUGUUAAAAAGUCUUCACCAAAUCUAGACAUUAUCAUUGAACUCAUGAAAUAUGAUGCUGAUAUUUUUCAACUGGAUUCAAAACUUAAUUCUCCUCUAUUUCUUGCUGUUAAGAGGUAUUACAGAAAACCUAUUGAAACCCUGCACUUAGCCAAAACAUUAUUAAAAUUUGAUGCUUUGCAAAAAUGUUAUAGGAAUAAAGGUUUUAAGUGUUUAGAUGAACUGAAGAAUUUUGAUGUCUUUUCAGAACUUACUACUUUUUAUCAAGCAUGUAUUUCUGAAGUCAGUCGAAUGAAAUCGGAGCUUAUUCAGAGCAAUUUAUCUAUCUUAGAAUGUUCUGUUAAGACUUUAAAAGAUUCAAAUAUUGUUCCAGGAAGUUUGCUUCAAAAAGAAUUGACUAUGCAGCAAGUAUUUUGUAUUUCUGCACAUUUUCCUAUUUAUCGAGCAGUUAUAGCUUCUUGUCUGUGUAAAACUGACUUACAAAACCUGUUGCUAGAUUUAAAUAUUUUUGCAAACAAAGAUUGGGUUGAUGGGAGUUUACAGACUAUUACUUUAAAUGGGGAUUUAACUUAUAUAAUAUCCUUUUAUUUGUCUAAAGUAGAUAUACUGAAUCUUAUAAUAGCUUUUUAUGCUAGUCACGAUACUGAAAGAGUUUAAGGAUCUUAAAUUGUAAAAUGCUGAAAUGUUUCUUUGUGUGUGUGUGUAUGUGUUUUAAAUCUUGUUAUGCUUAAAUUUUUCUUGAUUUCAUAAUGAUGAUUCAUAAACUUGUUUAUUUACUUCUCAUCAAGGAAAUUGAAGCAAUUUCUAAUUUUCAAAAUCAGUGAACUAUCAAAAAGAAAGGAAAGAGCUAUGCUAUUUUAUUCAUUUUUGUUAUAUAUAUAUAAGUUUCUGUUGUUCAUUUAAUAGCGUCUUAUUUAUUGAAAUAUUGUAUAAGCCACUGAUUGAGAUUUUCCAGAUUGAAAUCUUUUGUUAAUGAUAAUCGCAUCAUCAUGUCUAUCCAGUUUAACAAAGCAAUGAAUUAUUUAGGGAAUUGUUUGGUUUUAUGAUAUGGUUGUGAAGGAAAUUAUAUUUGUUCAUAUUUUUAUACUAAAAAUCAUAUUUAAUUGUAAUAAAAUAGUUAAAUUUAUGUUCCUUAUUUGUAAAGUACAAAGAUAUCUUUUUAAAUUAAUAAUGUCUCCCUAGUAACUGUGCCUAUUCUAUAAGUUGUAAUCCUUUCAUAUGCAGUUUAUGAUAUUUUAAGAAAUCUUUAUUUAUGAACUGUACAUUACUCUGAGUACUAUUGUUGUGUUGCUAAGAUCCAGUGUUAGGUAUAGAAUAUUUGUGAAGAAUAAAAAUUUAUCAUUACCUAUUUUAUUUGUCAUAAAGAUUAUCACUUAUUGUGUUUCAUGCUGAUUUAGAAAUCAUUCUGCAUGAUGUUGAGAUAGAAUAACAGCUUGACAAAUUUGAAAAUUAGGCCCAAUUAAAGAAUAUGAUAUAUUACUUUAAUUUUUGAUGGUAAAAACUUUCUAAAUGUGGUAAAUUAACUAAUCUUUAAGUGAUAUAAAUUUAAUACUUAUUUCAAUGUUUGGCACAAUUUGGCCAACAUUGGUGAAAAGUAUGCAUCAUAUUCUUUAGCUUUAUUGGAAAUUACACAAAAUAGAGGUCCAAAAGACAUUUCAAAUUACCUUAUUUUUUGCAAAUUUGAAGCUGGUGUCAGCAUUGUGAUCUGUUUAUCUGUUAUUUCUUUUACAUAAUUCUUUUAUUUUUUGCCAUGAAAAGUAUUUAGAAAAACACAUAUCAUGUUAUCUGCUCUAUUUUGUGACUUAAAAAUCAGUUUAUUCUUGAAAUAUAACAUUGUUGUCAAAUUAGUAAUUUCUUUAUUAGAAUAAAUUAAUAUUAUAAAAUGUACCUAAUAUUUCUUUUAGUAUGUGCCGUUGAUAUUUUAGGUCUGCAUAGAAACUACAAAUAUGAAAAAUAUUUAUUCUUUGAUAAUUGAAAUUACAGUAUGUACGAAAUUUGAAAUGAAUGCUUUAUUAGUAAAUGAUAUUAUAUACAAUUCUAUAUUAUCUAGCAAAUUAA